CCCGCUCGUGCACCUGGCUCGAGCCAGCCAGGGUCGCGCUAAAGGCGCGUUCAUGUUAUGUAUCCAGUGUGUGAGCGAGACCGACAAUUCAUCAUCAUAGCCCAUUCAAUUUCUACGCAGACGCUGACCUAUUCAGAGCUACAGCAAUGGCCUCCGGUGUGAAAGUCACAGAUGAAGUUAUCGCAGUCUUCAAUGACAUGAAGGUGCGUAAGGCUCAGGCGAACGAGGAUGAGAAGAGGAAGAGGAAGAAGGCCAUUCUGUUCUGCAUGAGCAAGGACCUCAAGAACAUUGUUCUGGAUGAUGGCAAAGAGAUCUUGCUGGGUGACUUGGGAACCACCGUCCAGGACCCAUACCAGCACUUUGUGAAGAUGCUGCCCCCAGACGACUGCCGCUACGCCCUGUACGACGCCACCUAUGAGACCAAAGAAACAAAGAAGGAGGACCUGGUCUUUAUCUUCUGGGCUCCAGAAAGUGCCCCCUUGAAGAGCAAGAUGAUCUAUGCCAGCUCAAAAGAUGCUAUCAAGAGAAAAUUCGAAGGUAUUAAGCACGAGUGGCAGGUGAACGGUUUGGAAGACCUGAAAGACCGGCACACCCUGGCAGAAAAGCUUGGCGGCUCGUCAGUAGUCAGCCUGGAAGGAUCCCCUAUAUAAAUAUUGCGCCCCCCCCCCUCUGGCUUCGAUCGAGGCCUUUCAGACACAUCUGUUGGGUUUAGCUGUUCAUUCCAGUGUGGUUUGGAGAAGGGCAAAAGCAAAACCAGCACCAUUUGCGGGACUCUUGGGGUGGGAUAUUGUGGGUGGGUUUGGGGUCAAGUGACAGACAAAUAAGAAAUUCCAGAAAAUGCAGACUGUCAUUCCAGUUCACGCAACAUAAAGAAUAUGAACAAAACACACACUAAGGAAAAACAUUAAGAUACAACUGAGGAAGGAUGAUGAUGAUAAACUUAAAUACACAUAUUAUUCAUGUUUACGGACAAGGUUUUGUUCUUUCCGGGUUCCAUUCGACUGAUUGCAGAGAAAAAGACAGACAACAAACCUUUUUAGUUUUCCAACCAUUGAAUUCUGACAAAUAAUCGUUCCAACUACAUUUUUUUUUUUUUGCCAAACUUCUAGUUAAGUUUUGUAAGUGUGUGUAGUUGAGACUAGGUGUAGUAUGAACUAAUUCACUCUUGAUUGCACAAGAUGUAACAAAACCUCUGGGGGAAACACGGUUAAAUAUAUAUUUUUUGUUUUGUUAUUCCAUUGUUCUUUUCUUUCUUUUUGAACAUGCAAAUUCUAAAACUUGAGUGAUUUCCUUUUUAUUUCCAGUUUUGCGUCAGAAAAGCAUGGCAUUUGAUGUAGUAAACAGACAACAUUCCUUGUACUUGUUAAAACCAGGAUCCUCUUGAAUUAAAAACUUUGGAGAGGGGAGCGAUGUGUAUAUGAAAGACCAGCGGUCAGAGUUAAGACUGAAUAUUGAAUGGUGGAUGUUUUGUAUCGUCUCCUUAUCUCUAAUAAAAAGCACUAAACUAC